UUCAAGGUCAUGGCUAAUGUAGACGAAGCGGCCCGCCGGCUGUCAAAAACUGGGAGCACCCUCUACACUGUGCUGGAACUGAAGAAGGGGGCUUCUCCCGCAGAUGUCAAAAAGGCCUACAGGAGACUGGCCUUGAAGUAUCACCCAGACAAGAAUCCAGGGAAUCCUCACGCGGCAGAGACGUUCAAGGAGAUCAAUGCCGCCCACUCCAUCCUGAGCGACCCGAAGAAGAGGAAGAUCUAUGACAAGCACGGCUCUCUAGGGAUCUAUAUAUAUGAUCACUUUGGCGAAGAGGGUGUCACGUACUAUUUUAUGAUGAAUAGUUGGUGGUUCAAGACGCUUCUCUUCCUGUGCUGUCUGGUCACCUGCUACUGUUGCUGCUUCUGUUGCUGCUUCUGCUGCGGGACGCUCAAGCCUCCAUCUGAGGAAGUGGUCAGAAGAAGGUUUCAGAACGCCCAGAACCAGCAGCCUCCAAGAGCAAGAAACAGAGCAAGAUAUGCACCAGAGGAAAGUAGUGAAAGUGAUUAAAAGAUGAAGAAAAUUAAGGUGCUGACCCAGUGAGGUGCUGUCCACCGGACAUCUUGAAGAGCACAGGUGAUCCAACCCAACACUGACCCCAACUUGCCCUUGUUGAAGAACCCCCGCCUCAGAAGCAACCAUGGCAUCUGUCCCCACGAGGGACUUGGUGGCAUCUGUCCUCGGUGGCAUCACCAGCCACUCUUCCUCUCCCCUCCUUCGCGAUCUUAGCCAUCAGGGGCAGCCCCCGGCCCUCCGGUGAGGAGCGCUCGGGCAGCAGCGGUAGACUUUUCUCAAGCAUCCCUUUGUCCAGCGUCUUCCUUGGGAUUUGGGCCAUGUCAGCUGGGAAGGUCCCAGAGCCACUUGCUAUUGCUCCACCAAGAUGCUGAUAUCUGAGCUGCUGCUCCAGCACCCCCGCCCCCUCGGUUGCAACUCUGAGCUCCCAGAAUCCUUAGCGUCACCCGCCUUCCCAAGCCCGGACGUCUUUCUGAUUCUGGCUCAUCUCUUGGUGCCCAGGUGCUUCUCUGAGUGCAUCUGAGCCUGAGGAGCAUUAACCUGGGGGCUGGGGUGGGCUGGCUCCCUGCAGGCCGCCCUGUGACCCCAACUUCUGCA